UUCAUUCCACUUCCAGCUCUAGAGCAGUGACAGUGGCAUAUGCCUGGCACUUACUAAACAGAGAAUUAGCCACUAGUAUUGUACUAACAAAUUAUGGGCACUAAAGUGAAAAAUACAGAAACACCAUUGUCUUUGGGAGAGUUUCACAUCUCUGAGGAUUAUGGGUUUAUUCUUCCUGACCCUCUGACAGACCUGCCGGUGUACUACAAGCCCUGGAUGGACAUUGCCAGAAAUGUGCCAGAACUCAUCUCCUCUCAUUCCUUGCGCCUCAGAAUUCAUGAUAUGCCUCUAUUGGAGACUCAUUUGUUGCAGACUCAUCGUGAGCUGCGUUUGGCCCAUCUGGCUUUGUGUAUAAUGACUUCAGGUUAUGUGUGGCAGGAGGGCGAUAAAGAAACAGUAAAAGUGCUUCCAAGGAGUCUGUCUGUGCCAUUCUGUGAGGUGUCUCAGAGACUGGGUUUGCCACCAAUUCUCAUCAAUGCUGACACUGUCCUCGCCAACUGGAAGAAAAGAGAUCCAGAUGGACCUUUUUCCAUGGAUAACUUGGAUUUGUUGCUGACAUUGCCUGGUGGGGAAAGUGUAAGAGGAUUUUUUCUGGUGACACUGCUGGUGGAGUUCUCAGCUGUUCCCGGCCUGAAGUCUAUCAUUGAUGUCAUCAACGGCGUCCAUGAUAAUGAUGUUGCUGUGGUCAUCAAAGCUCUGGAUGUUGUCAGUCAGGCCUUAGACAGCAUGAAACAGGCCCUUAAAUUAAUGCAUGAAUAUGUCGAUCCCUCCAUAUUCUAUGGCAUUAUGAGGAUCUAUCUGUCUGGAUGGAAAGAUAACCCAUUAAUGCCAGAAGGUCUUGUGUACGAGGGAGUUCAAGAGAAACCAAUGGAGUUUUCAGGAAACAGUGCUGCUCAGAGUAGUCUGCUGCAUUCCUUCGAUGAGCUGCUGGGAGUCCAACAUGAAGGCAGCAGCGGGGCCUUCCUGACAAGAAUGAGAGACUACAUGCCGCCCUCUCAUAAGCAGUUCAUUGAACACAUCUCUAGCCGCCUGUCUCUGCGUAGCUUUGUGCUCCAGCAAGCGGAUGAGCAUCUAACACAGUCAUUUGAGCAGUGUGUGGCUCGCUUGGUGGAAUUUCGGAAUUUGCACAUCAACAUUGUCACCCGUUACAUCACUAUCCCGGCCUCCCGUGCCAAACAGCUCUGUGCCAAAAAUCAGGAUUUGACAGAGGAGCUGGAUGAGAUCAGAAAAGCACCCACAGCACUGGAGGAAAAAGGUACUGGAGGGUCAGGGAUUAUGACCUUUCUGAAGACAGUGCGUGACGAAACCAAAGGCACUUCCAUCUCGCAGUGUACUACUGGGAACCAAGUUUUGCCAGACCCAUCAAUGACAGAAAUACAAAAGGCUGCAUCUGAGCUCACAAUAGAAUGAUUAUAGCACCAAAGUAUUAUGACCAAAAUAAUUCAUGCGCUACGGUAAAAGUGUUUUUUUUGGGGGGAGGGUGGGGGGGGUCAUAACAUAAUUUUGGGUGAGAUUGCACAUACAGACAGCAGUACAUUCACUGUAUAACACAAACACCACACACACACAAACUACCUUUUCACUUACUUAGCAAGGACUUAUGUUUCCUCUGAUUUUUUUAAAGACUAAGUCUAAGGGCCUAAUCUGGGUUUAAAAGUAAGCGCUGUCUGAUUAAACAAUCCAGAUUUGAUACACAUGGAGAAUUUAAGCACAAAACAUGACACUGUAACAAAUUAUAACUCUGUUGGUUGUUUCAUUGCAAAACUCCAACACAAAACCAAAGGCUUCUUAAAACAUGAAUUCCUCAGAUUGUCUAAUGUCUGUGUGCAUAUUUAUAACAUGACAAACAAUCCAAACAAUCCUGAUUUAAAUGAUUGUUCAAGGCUAAAUCUAAAUUUAAGUCAUUUGAAGUCAACAUGAAUUGUUUGUAACCCAUUUUACUCAAUAAAUUUGAUAUACAGA